AUGGCUGAAGAGCUUAGUGAUGAGCAGAUUGUGGCGUUCAAAGAAGCUUUCACUGUAUUCGAAAAAGAUGGAGACAGUUGCAUCUCCCUGGAGGAGCUGGCAACGGCGAUUAGCUCAUUGGAUAAGUGCCCAUCAGAAAAAGAGUUGCGGGAGAUUAUCAGUGAAGUCGAUGCAGAUGGUAAUGGAAUGAUAGAGUUUGCCGAGUUCCUCAAUUUGAUGGCUAACAAGAUUAAGGAGACUGAGGCAGAGGAGGGACUUAAAGAGGCCUUCAGAGGUUUCAACAAGGACCAAAAUGGAUACAUUUCUGCUUGCAAUGUAGGCAAAUAACUGAGGUUUGGAUUCUUUUAUCUCCAGGUUGUAUUUAUUUAGCCCAUAGCAUUUAAGUACUCACAUUAUCGACUAUCUUCAAGUGUAUUGAAUUGAUUUUUGAGCAUUGCACCGCCCCUGCUC